AUGAUGUACACCGGCCUCGCUGCUAUGGGCUUGAUGGGCUGUGCCCUCGCCCUACCACAGGGUCCUCCUGGCCCUCAUGGCCCUCCUGGUCCCCCUGAUUUCCCUGGCUUCCCCGGCUUCCCUGGUGCCCCCAGUGAUGCGCCCACCCCAUCCAGCUCUUUCCCCAGCAGCACUCCCACCGGUAUUCCAACUGCUCUCCCCUUCGACAAGCGCCAGUUCCCUCACGGACCCGGCCAUCAUGGCCCUCCUCCCAGCGACUUGCCGACUCCCACUGGUCCUCCCUCCGGCACUCCUAGCGGUUCUUCUAGCGGCAUUCCUACCGGUUUCCCUACUGAUUUCCCCGUCCCUCUUCCUCUCGAGAAGCGUCAGGGUUUCCCUACCGACCUGCCUUCCUCAUUCCCCUGCUCCACUCCCAGUGGCUUCCACACUGAGUUCCCCACGCCCACCGGUCUCCCCUUCGGCAAGCGCCAGUUCCACCACGGACCCGGUCACGGGGGACCCCCGCCAUUCAGCGAAUUCCCAACUCCCACCGGCUCUCCUUCGUCGGGCUUCCCCACGCCCACCGGCAUUCCUAGCGGGUUUGAGAAGCGCCAGUUCCCCACAGACCUUCCAUUCUCUAUCCCAAGCAGCAUCUUGAGUGCAUUCCCAACUGGUUUCCCUACCGAUCUGCCCUUCUCCUUCCCAUUUGAGAAGCACCAGGAGUCUUCUACUGGCUUCCCUGCUCCAUCGCCCUCUCCUAUUGCUCAGUAA